GUAUAUUUAAUGGCCUCGUUUUUUAUUCUUGUUUUCUCAGCCGGUGCUCGUCUGAAACUCGUUGCCUGCUUUCAUGGCUACUUGCUUUCUUGCUCUUCCAUACUCUGUUGGGUCUUCUUUUAAGCUUUUUGACCAUGGAUCAACAAAAUUCAACCUGCCACAAAACAAUUCACUGAGACUUUCUCGCCCGAGAGGAUCAAAUCGUUGUAUGAAGCCGAAUCAGAAAUUUACAAUCCGUGCAGAAUACAAUGAUGAUGGCCGAGGUAACACUGGUGACUUUGUGGCUGGCUUUCUGCUAGGAGGUGCAGUGUUUGGGACACUUGCCUACAUAUUUGCUCCUCAGAUCAGAAGAUCCAUACUGAAUGAGGAUGAAUCUGGCUUCAGGAAAGCCCGAAGACCUAUAUAUUAUGACGAUGGCUUGGAGAAGACAAGACAAACACUGAACGCAAAGUUAAGACAACUGAAUUCAGCCAUUGAUAAUGUCUCCUCCCAGUUGAGGGGUGGGAAUAAUGUGCCCAAAGAACCCAUUGAGGACAUGGUUGCUGCUGCUGACUCAGAAGUCGAAGCUGCUAUGUAGCUGACUCUCCGUGGUCUCUCUCUGUUUUGGAGCUUUACUCUAUGCACAAGGUGAUCCAUGUUUUCCUUUUUCAUAUACAGUCCUUACCCUGUUGUAUUGAGAUGUUUGAAUUUCUUAUGAAUGAUCAACUUAAUUGCAGAGUGUAGUUCUGUAUUGGUAUGUGCUAUGUGUCGAGAUGCAUGUUUCGUCACAAAACAACAGUUUUGGUUCUUAUGAUUUUUGUGUUGUUUUUAGUUUAUUCAAAAGAGUGGACGAGCCAUUUCAUGUC